AAAUUAAUAUAAUUAGUUAAAAAAUCUGCCACUGACCACUAAUAAGCCAUAAUAUACUAAUUAAUCGCAAAUUAUCAAUAAAGUUAGUCAGCUGAAGAAAGACAACAUAUGCUUAGUGUCGGAGAAGGAAGGUGGAGGUAGCUAGCUCUUGAUAUAUACAAGCAUCAGUUGCAUAGUUGAACUCUUUGCUUCAACAUUUGUGUGAAUAAAUGAAUGUAUACGCAUUGGUCAUGUGUCAAAAGUAUUCCACUUGUGUGUCAUGAAAUGUAAUGAUACUGCCGCUAAUGUUUAAUUGAUUUUAUUUUACUAUAUGGAACUAAAUGAGGAUAGCUAACAAACAGGCGAGGUAGAUGUCUUAAAUUAGUCAACAAGAGAAAUCGCACCACUCAAAUAUGAUGGGAUCUUUUACAAGUAGUACUAAUUUUGGUAUAUACGGUGAUUCUAAGAUUUUACACGCUGUUAUUUUGUUAAUAUUUAGAUCACUUAUCUUAUCCAAAUAUAAGUGAUUGUACUGGAGAAGCACAAAAGUAGAUAUAGUAGGGUGUAAGAAGCACAAAAAAACAUAAUCAGAUUCCAAAUCCAUGGCAAUGAUAUUGCAUCUGUGUUCCGUCAUUCCAGCAAGGAGAAGGCAUGUAGUGAAAUGCGAAUCGAGAAAACUAGAGGUAGGGUCUCCCAUAAUAGUGAUUGAGGCUCCAAAGCUGCUCAAAACUGCUUCUUCUGUUCCUUGCUUGCGCGCCAACGCCGGCUUAGUCAAUCCCGGUGACGUCGGCAGGAUUGUCUCGAGGAAGCCUAUGGAUGUGUGGGCAGUACGACUGAGUAUUGGUACUUAUCUCAUAGAUGGGAAAUAUUUCAAGCCUUUGGAACUCGAUGAUUAACAUCUAAUUUCUCUACAUAUUUUCCUUUAUAUACAAAGUUUUUGGAGUUGAUGGCUUUAGAAUAGUGUAACAAAUUCUCACGUUUUAGCUAAUCAUUUAAUAAGCGAAUAUAUAUGCAAUAUGUUCAUAUCAUCUGUAGGUGAUUAUGCCAAGAUUGAGAUACUCCAUUAACGAAUAGAAAAUGAUCACAUUAUAUGCUUUAUGACAAUUCUUUGUGGAUGCCUCAGUCAGUGGAAAUGUGACAUAAUGAUGUACAAAGAGGAGCAAGAAAAACAAGAAAAGGAGAAUAUGCUAUAACCCAAAAGAAGUGCCAAUUCCUAUCGUAUUCAUUAUCCAUCGAUUUGUAGCACAAUUAGUAAUAAACAUGUUUUUUAUAAGUGAAUGGAUAUCCAUGAAUAUUAAUUGUGCGUUCAUUUGAUUGGA